UGAACACCCCUCUUCUAAGGCGGUUCUCUGUCCGUCAGGUAGUCAUGGCUGGUGGCCUGAUUGGAUCACUAGGUCUCAUCUUAUCAGCCUUUGCAAUGACAGGAUCUCUCUUCGCUGCAGCUGUAUUUAUGUUUGGAAUCGGCUUUAGCACAGUGGUUUUACCAGCAAACUCCAGUCCUGUGGACUAUUUCCCUGAUCUGUUUGAAAUCGCCUCAAGCAUCAACCUGACUGGUGGAGGUGUCGGUCUUAUGAUUCUACCGCUUCUCUUUGAGGUCUUUGUCACCAGCUAUGGUUGGAGGGGUGCCUUGAUGCUCCUAGGAGCCAUUAAUCUUAAUACACUCGUGAGUGGCGCCCUCUUAGAACCAGUCCCAAAGGCAGUGGAGUCAGCAGCAGGAGAAUUGCCCCUGGAUAACACUAUGGAUGUGACGGAGAGGGAGAGGAAAAGGGAUCAAAGUGGACAUUGUUCAUCAGAAGGAGCAUGUGGGAGUGUAGAAGAAGGAAACGGUACAACUGAUUUUCAUGUUGAUUCAGAAGGUGGGACAAAUGAUCUGAUACAUCAUGAUCAAGCUGGCAAUGGUAAUUUGAGACACUCUGUAAACACCAACACCAAUUGCAAAUCAGAUGGCAAAGUUCUUAUACAUCGCAUCAGCGAUACCGAAGAUGCAGCCCCCAAUGGCUAUACAACAGGCUUGGGCUCAGAAGUGGAAAACUCGGACAGCAAACAUCAUCACGAGCUAGAAGCAUCGUACAAUACAGGCUCCAACAGCAUAUCUGUCAAAGAGGCAAUCGCCUCUGAGGACUUUCCAAAAGACAACCCAAAUCGGACGCGUUCAGGAAGAUGAUGGUGCCACAGCAUUGCCGAGUUAUUUGACCUCUACAUCUUCAAGGAUCACCCAGCUUUCUUUGGCAUCUGCCUUGCAACGAUCCUCUUCGGAGUCUCCUAUGAUGGUUGGGUUCUAUUUGUUAUUCCUAAUGCAGAAGCAAAGGGCUUUGACUCACAGAUGUCAGUCUAUGUUGCCACAGCCGGCGGCGUCGGGAAUAUAUUCGGACGCUUUUGCAUUGGCUUCUUCACAGCCAAGAAGUUCAUUCCUAACGAGGUCUCAUAUCUCAUCAUGAACGUAUUAUCUUCAGUCGCGUUUUUCAUCAAUUACGGUGCCACUACUUUCUGGUUUCUGUCUCUGCUGUCUUUUUUAAAUGGUUUUUCUCUAGGAGCCAAGACAUCGCUGCAGUUCAUCAUUGUUAAUGGUUGUGUUGCCACUGAGAGGUACAAGGCAGCUGUCUCUAUGCUUCUUGUCUCUCUUGGUAUUGGGUUUCCAAUUAGUGGCGCCCUCUUAGGUGGUAUAUAUGACAGGACAAAGUCAUAUAACAUUUCAUUCUGUGUUAUAGGGCUUAUUGAUGUCAUCUGCGGGAUUCUCAUAACAGCACCUCUGAUAGCAGCAGUUAUAAGGAGACGAAAGAGCAGAGAUUCCUCACCAAGGGAAGUAUCUAUUUAACCCUCAAAGACAUUGCCCCGGGAAUCCUUGAAGACAUUGC